AACAGUUUAGUGGCUGUAGCAGUGUUUGCUAAUAGUUCCCAUUCCAACAUUCUCAUCAUAGGCCCUAGGCUUGUUAUUCUCCACUCCCGUACUGUCCUUUACACCCUGUGGCUGGUAAGAUGAAAAUUGGUGAUGCUUGAUGUCAGUAUUGUCACUCUGUGACUAUACUCAUAGUUCUUAGCAAGGUCUAGGCCCUUUUGUGUCUUAGGUGAAAGCUGACUGCAGUUUCUCAUGUAUAAAAACAAUUUUUGCCUCAGCAAACACUUUGUUUCUAGUAUGGGUGUAUAUUUUGCAUUUGUGCUCAUCAAAAUAUUAUAGCCAUAGAGCAGGAGACUUUCUGACACAGUUUAUAACAGUGUCAAAGGAUAUGUAAUAUAAUUAGCUUUGAACUGCACGUUGCUCUUAAAAACAUGUUUCACCAAGCAACGUAUAUUUGUCUUCAUUCUCAUUGUUUGAACAUGACUCUUUUAAGCCAUUUUUCCAUAAAUGUAGGUAUAAUUUUUUAAAAGCACUAAAUUUGGCACUGUGUUCUAAUGUCAUAAAUCUGGAGUAACUCCAGGGGAUGGGAUUGUGAGCCACUUACAUGGGUGUAUAUCUCAAAUAACUCCAUUUAUUGGAUUUAAUCCAGGCAUGUAGUAGAGUAACUGAACUCAGAAAGUGAUCUGCUGCAUAUCACUGUUAUUUUCUCUAUAUUGCUUUUCAUGACAAAAAGCACUGUGGGCUUAAAUAGGAUUUUUGCCUGAUUAAGGAGCUGCAUUAAGUGUCUAUAGAAGUGGGUAACACCCCUACUCCAGUCACUAAUCUUGGGUGCACUGACACUAAUAUUGAACUUGGCCCGGAGGAUUUUGUAUCUCAGUGAUGAGAAAUCAUCAGCACCCACAGCUCCUGAGUGUUUGUAGUACCAGGCUGGAACAUAAAGCAAUCCAGAAAUAUCUCAGUAAAAUAGAUAUUUUAAUCGCUCUGAUGUUAAAGCACUGGAGCUGGAGGAGGAGGCAAUGAGAAAUGCCUGUUGGUGGUUCAGCUGUUGUGUUGAGUGGCGGUCUUGGGUUUGGUGUGAUGAGUUUGCAGAUCUCAGCCUGACUGCCAAGCAAGAGUGUUUCUUCUUGGAGGGGUGAGGAGACAGGGUAUUUGCAGGCAAUUUCCUGCACCGAAGUACAACUUCUUAAUACCUCAAAUAACUUGCCCUUCUGGCUAGGAGGGAAUAUCCUCUGCUUGGUGCGGCCGCAGCCAUUCUGAAGAGGUGUCUUGAAAUAGAAGAGCUUGUUAGGAGGACUGGCUGGAGAGAGUAGAAUAGUCAUGAGCAGGACAACUCCUGUAGUGUGAGCCUUUGCGUGCUGCAUGCUGCUUAUACAUAUUUUAUUGUAAAACAAAUUACCUGUGUGACUAAGAGUGUUAGAAAGUAAUUAUUUUCAAAAAGGCAAUAUAUACAUAGUUAAAACAACUUUUCUGAAAAAUAAACAGUGCAGCUUUGCUUUUCUAGACUGAAUCUAUUUCAGAAGGUUGAAAAAACUAGUUUUGUUUUAAAAGACAUUUACAAGAGACAUGGAAUUUCACUUAACAAAAUUUUAUGUAAUAGAUCCAGUGGCCUAGUUUCCCAUUAAUUAAGAAAAUAGACACUUGAAUUCAGUCACCUGAAAAGCAACUAAAGAUUUAAACAUUAGAACUUUAAAGUAAUUGUCUUAGUAAUUUGUCUAGUAAAACAAAAUCAAGGCCUAAUUUUUCCCCUCGCUGAGGUUUAGCAGCACAACUUAGAAGCUGACAGGAUUAUCAUUGUCAUUGUUCAUAUGCACACUGCUUUUGUUGUGGUGUACUAAUUGAGAGGGAAGUGCAAUAAAAAAAGUGUGGCAGGCUGUAAAGGAAGUGCUUGUCAGGAUUGCCUAGAUGGUCUGAAGCACUGGUUGGCUGCAAACCUACUCCAGCGUGCGAGGCAGCUGCCGCUGGUGAUGCUUGAGAGAAGUCAGGCUGUGUGACAGCCUCAGCUAUAACCACACAGGUUGUGAGUGAUUUGGUUGUUCUGAAGAACUGUGCAGGUAUGGUGUAUACAAUUCAGAGAGUGCAGAUAACAGAUUUAGUUGUAGGUCUCUUCUGAGACUGCUGUAACCAACUCUGCGUUAACAGAUAAAGAUAUAAUUAGAACAAGAAAGAGAAGUAUGACAGGCUUGGCACAGGUAAAUAUUUCAUUGCAAAGAACUGACUUGCUAUAUUCCAGUGACUUCAAUAGCCUAAGCUUUGCAAAGUGAAAAUCCUGUCCUCAUCCUUUCAUUUUACUUUUAAGCAAGACUCUAAAUGUGAUAAAUAAAUAAAUAGGUAUUCGGUCAAAGGCACUGUAUUUUGAAGUCUUAUUCAGUGAUUUACAUUCUUUAUAUGAGAAAGUUGAAGAUUUUUACAUGGCUUUGGCUGAGGAGAUGCAUGACUAACAUUUUAAAAUGUAAGAAACUUUGCAGAUUCCUGAUUUUUGCAAAAAGACAAAAACUAGAUCCAUGACUGUAAAUCCUUUUUGAUCUCAGUGCAUGUGAUGAGAAUGUAAUGCUUCAUGGUAUUUUUUUUCUCUCAAAGCUGUUAUCUGAAGUGGUUGUACAACACAUGCAAAUCUGUAUGUGUGCAUUGGUCCCAGUCUGCAAAGUUACUUUAGUAGAUGUCCCAGUGAGGGUUUUGCUGAAUGAGGAUUGAUUAAAGAACCUAUCUAGAGUUAAGUAUGCGUGUAAAUCCUUCCCUAAAUAGGAACAAGUAAGUAUGCUCAUAAAGUGAAACAACAGAAAUGAUUCUCAGUGAGGGAGAAAUGGUCCCACUAAAUCCUUUUAUUGUACCAAAAGUGAUAAAAAUAUUUGGUGAGAUUCCAAGUGAAAACCCCAAACGUAUUUUAGUAGGUGAUGUCAGCAGAAGUUCAGUGCUGGCUCUUCAUGAUUUUGCUGAGCAAAAUCCCAGAAAAAAUUAAAAACCCACAUUGUUAAAGUUUUUCUUUGUUUAUAUUUUUUGGGAAUUUACAGUAAUAGGUAUCAACUGUAGCAUGCCACCUUUAAUGACAAAAUAGUGUACAAGGUAAAGUAAUAUUCCAAUAGGUGAUUAUUUUAACCUAGUAGUAGUAAUUGCAGCACUAUGUUUUCAGGAUGCUACUGCUUCUCAAAUAAAAUAUAUUCUGUUGGCGGUGAAGACAGUCAUCUGCACUUGCUUAUGAUUCUUCACCUCAUUAAGAUCACAUUUAGGAAAAGAGCACUCUGAAUAAAUGGGCUCUGCUCUCUACUGUAUGAGCUCUGUUUGCAGAAUUAAAUCUAUGGUUUAUUUGUGCUUGAGUAAUAGUAAAAGCAGCCUCUCUCAGUCUUCAUUGGGAUAUCUUAGUGUGUUGUAAAUGACUGUAAAUGUUGACUCUUAACUGUGUUUUUGUUUCUCUUUAUUUUGGUUUCCAUCUCCUCAACUCCUGGAUCAACAGUCACAUUGCAGGCCAAGCCAGAUGGGCAAGCAAUACAAGCUGUGAAUUUAUUCUUGACCCCGUAGGACAGUGACCACCAUCAUUUUUUUCUUCACCCUACAGUUAUGCACUGCCAAUAAGUGAAAAGGUCAAGAGAAGCAGUAGUUCAGUGGCUGAAUUUUUCUGAAGUGCUUUACAGCAGGGAAAGUGGGGAAACCUCUUAAAGUGGUGUCUUAUUCAAUCCUGGAGCACAGGCAAAGAGUUUUUAUGCAAAAUACCAGAAAAAAAAGUCUGCAACAUCUUCUGUGAGAGGGGGGAGAAUAGAAGAUUAACAAUUGCAUCUUGAAACACUCAUAAUUUGAGGCCAUAUGUGUCCUUUGAACUCUGAAGAAGCUGUGCCAAAAGGAAGCCUUCUUCUCCUCCCCUCCUCCCAUCGCGGAGCCGCUCUUAGAUAAUUGCAAUUAGCAGACAAUGCGGAGCGAACCCAAAUGUGAAGUCCAUGGCUCUACCUUACUUUAUUUGAAAGAGGAAAGCCAGUGAGGACCUGUGAACAAUCCAGCAGCUUCUGAAAAACCUUCAUGCUAAAGGAUAAUCCAGAAUUCCCCGAAGAAGAACAAAGUGAAUGUUAAUCCAGAGGAGCUGUCAGAGGAUCGUGCUCACAGGGAGAUGAUUCCUCAUGAAGUCACUGGAUCCCCUGCAGAAAUCAAAUGUGACUUUCCGUUUAUCAGACUGAAAUCAGAGCCAGCCAGACAGUGAAGCAAGCACAGUGGAGGGGGGACGGCGAAAGAUGAAAUCCAACCAAGAGCGGAGCAAUGAAUGCCUGCCACCUAAGAAGCGAGAAAUCCCUGCCACCAGCCUGCCUUCAGAGGUGAAGCCAGUCCUGCCAAACGAAAACCACCGUGCAGAUAACCUGGCAUGGCUCCCCAGCACACCCAGUGGCCAGGGCUGCCUGGGGGGCCGGCACCGGCCCGGGGGCACCUCCUCGGUGGAGGCAGGCUUGCAGCAGGGUUUGCACAAGUCACUGUCUGCAGGGAUGGACUAUUCCCCGCCGAGCGCACCCCGGUCCGUUCCAGCCUCUACCACUCUUCCCACGGUGUACUCGCCCGCCCUCUCCCAGUCAGGGACCCCCGUUUCCCCCGUGCAGUACACUCACCUGCAGCACACCUUCCAGUUUGUCGGGCCCCAGUACAGUGGAUCGUACACCGGAUUCAUCCCCUCACAGCUGAUUUCCCCAACGGCCAAUUCUGCGACCGGCGCCGUGGCGGCGGCCACCGCCGUCGCAACCACUCCAUCCCAGCGCUCCCAGCUGGAGGCUUAUUCCACUUUGCUGGCCAGCAUGAGCGGCUUAAGCCAGCAGGGGCACAAAGUUGAGCCGCACCUGGUCAGGACGCCUGGACUGAUCGCUGCCGGGUCUCCUCCACCCACCCAGCAGAACCAGUACGUCCACAUUUCCAGCUCUUCCCAGAGCACUGUCAGAAAUGUCUCUCCUCCAACCAUCCCAGUCCCCCUGCACCCACAUCAGACAGUGAUCCCGCACACCCUCACCCUUGGCCCUUCCUCCCAAGUGGUGGUGCAGUACACUGACUCGGGGGGCCACUUUGUCACCAGGGACCCCCCCAAGAAACCCGAGAGCAGCCGGCUGCAGGCGAUGCAGGCCAAGGAGGUACUGAACGGCGAGAUAGAGAAGAGCCGGAGGUACGGCAUUUCGCCUUCUGCCGACAUGGGUCUAGUCAAAGCAGGCAAUAAACCAGCUCCCCAUCACUAUGAGACCAGGCACGUGGUGGUCCACUCGAGCCCCGCCGAGUACGGCGUGCGGGAUUCCUCAGGUGUCCGAGCCUCUGUCAUGGUGGUCCCCAACAGCAGCACGCCCACGGCAGACAUGGAGGUGCAGCAGGCCGCCAACCGUGAGACCUCUCCUUCAGCCCUCAACGACAAGGGAAGUUUGCACUUAGGAAAGCCAACCCACCGGUCCUACGCCUUGUCUCCGCAGCAGGCUCUGGGCCACGAGGGGGUGAAGGCGGUGGCCACGCUGUCCCCUCACACCGUCAUUCAGACCACCCACAGCGCCUCCGAGCAACUCCCUGUGGGGCUGCCGGCGACAGCUUUCUACACCGGGACCCAGCCGCCCGUGAUCGGCUACCUGAGCGGCCAGCAGCAAGCCAUCGGCUACCCCGGCAGCCUGCCGCAGCACCUGGUGAUCCCGGGCACCCAGUCCCUGCUGAUCCCGGUCGGCAGCGCGGACGUCGAGCCGUCGGGAGUCACGCCUGCGAUCGUCACGUCGUCUCCUCAGUUUGCAGCAGUGCCUCACACGUUCGUCACCACCGCCGUCCCCAAGAGCGAGAACUUCAGUGCGGAGCCCCUCACCACCCAGCCUGCCUACCAGGCCACCAUGGUGCAGGCGCAGAUCCACCUGCCCGUGGUGCAGUCCAUUGCCUCCCCUGCCGCCGCGCCCCCCACGCUGCCCCCUUACUUCAUGAAGGGGUCGAUCAUCCAGCUGGCCAACGGGGAGCUGAAGAAAGUAGAGGACUUGAAAACAGAAGACUUCAUACAGAGCGCGGAAAUCAGCAAUGACCUGAAAAUAGACUCCAGCACUGUGGAGAGGAUCGAAGACAGCCAUAGCCCGGGCAUCGCCGUCAUACAGUUUGCGGUGGGGGAGCAUCGAGCACAGGUCAGCGUGGAAGUCUUGGUAGAAUACCCUUUUUUUGUAUUUGGACAAGGCUGGUCAUCGUGCUGCCCUGAAAGAACCAACCAGCUCUUUGAUUUGCCAUGCUCCAAACUCUCAGUGGGGGACGUCUGCAUAUCGCUCACACUCAAGAACCUGAAGAACGGCUCUAUUAAAAAGGGCCAGCCCAUGGACUCAGCUAGUAUCUUGCUGAAGCAUUCAAAGAAUGACAGUCUAGCUGGAAGUAGACACAGGUAUGCGGAGCAGGAAAACGGGAUUAAUCAGGGAAGCGCACAGAUGUUAGCUGAGAACGGUGAACUGAAGUUUCCGGACAAAAUAGGAUUGCCUGCAGCACCUUUGCUCACCAAAACAGAACCCAGCAAGCCCCCAGCAACAAGGAAGAGGAGGUGGUCAGCCCCCGAAACACGAAAACUAGAGAAAUCAGAAGAGGAGCCACCUUUGACUCUUCCUAAGCCUUCUUUUAUUCCUCAGGAGGUUAAGAUUUGCAUUGAAGGUCGAUCCAACGUAGGAAAGUAAAAGUUGUUUGGGGAAAGGAAAUUAGGCUAUCCCUUGUCAUUUUUAUCCAGAUUACUGUACUGUAGACUAAAUAACCCAGUAUUUACAUGUUAUCAUCUUAUUUUAGGUUUAUGUUAUAACCUUGUUGUUAUAGUUGCAGCUGGUAUUAUGCAGGAGACUGGUGCAUAUGUUUUUCCACAAGUGUUUGUCAGUGACUAGGUUUAUCGAGAGCUACAGAAGGGGCAGUAUCUGCUUCACACACCCUUAGUGGAAAUGAAUGUGUUGUCAUGGCUCCUGUUUUCUAACACCUCGUGUAGGACAGGGUCCAGCUGUGAUUUUGUUUUUCUUUUGUCGCUUUGUGUUUGUUUUGUUGUUCUGGUUCCUGUUCUAGUUUUUUGGGGGGAGGUAAGGAGAAGGGAACUGUAGCAGAGGUGUGUGUCAAACAUGGGGUGCAUGUGCGUGUGUGUGUGUGUGGGUGUGGGUGCGUGCCAGCCCCCAGGGCGGGACGGCCGCUCUCUGGUGGGUUGGUGAUGAGGUUUCCUCACCCCAGGUGGAUGCUGAGGACACAACCCUUGGGUGUGUUACUGAAAAGGAUCAGACAGUCUCUGAUGUUUUCAACAACAAGCCAACUCUUACUCAAGGCUCUGCUAUACAUAUAUAUAUAUAUAUUUAUAUAUAUGUGUGUAUAUAUAUAUAUAUAUAUAUAUAUAUAUAUAUUUGUGUGUGUGUAUAUGUAUAUAUAUAUUUUUCCCCCAUGGGGUCUGACUGCACUGAUUUUUAUUCCUAAAGCAAACUGCCACACCACAUUUCCUUUCUGCUUGCUAGUGCAGUUCCAUUGCCCAGAGGCAGCAACGGCAAGGCUGUGCGGAGCCUCGCGCCGGUGGCCCCGCAGGGUUUCCCUUGAGGGCGGGGGGUUGGGGUGGGUGUGUGCGUGUGGCGUGGGUGGGCGUGCGUGGGUGUGCGAGGAGGCCUCUGGCUCUGUGGAUGCGCCUGGCUCAGGCUCACUCCUGUUUCUGUGCAGUGUUAGACAAAUCGACCGGGUUACGCCAUUGACAUUUGCUUCCACGAGGUAGACGCAGACUGCCCCUUUGAGAUCACAGGCAUCCAUCGUUUGCAGUUAGGUUGCAAAUCUUUGUCUUUAACUCUAGUACUGGUUUUAGUUCUUGGUUAUGGACAACCGGUGCCACUUUUUUCAAAUUGCGGUGUGUGACACAGGAAUCCGCUGUUGAAGAUGAACCUAGAAUGUCUUUAAGCACUUAAAAUGCUGUUCACACUUUAUUGCUGAGCAUCCUGGUCUAACACUCAGUACGUACUGUAUAUCACUUUAAUCUGCUCGGAAAGCAACAACAACAAACAAACAAAUCUCUUCAACACUGUAACUACAUGCAACUAUGUAAAGUUUUCUCACAGGCAAGAUGCUGAAAGUUUUAAUGUGGUUUCAAAGGGAUGAAUGUGAAUUAUUGAACUAGUAUGUGACAGUCAUUGUCCACAAAGGACUACUUAAUAGGAGGCACUUUUUAAACUUUAAUGCUUGAGAAAGAGUUAAAGGCAUAUGCGAGCUGACAUAAUAAAAAAAAAAAAAAGAGAGAAAGGAAAAAGGAAAAGGAAAAAUCAUUGUCCAGUGUUUUUGAAAAAGAUGGACUUUAAAGAAUCUUGCAAUUUGCACAUCUUGAGUUUAUCAUUUGUGUGGUAUUCCUGCAGUUUUUACCUAAUAAUGUUGUGGGGUGGGGGGGUCUGAAAGAGCAUAAACAAAUGUAGCAAUUACUCACUAACCUGCCUACGCUCUAGGCCAUUUCAUAGGGUUACGUUCCUUUCAGAGUUCAUUUUUGGUCUUUCUACCUUAUCGGCCACACAGAACCAGGUCCUACCGGGACACCUCUGAGAAUUUUUCUUCAGACUUGCUGAGAGAGUUUUCCAGAAAAAAAACCAUUUCUUUAAGUAAGCAAGGUGUUUGUUUGUUUUGAAAACAAACCUAUUGUUAUUUUAUUAUUAUUAUUAUUAUUUGUUAUUUGUUAUUUUAAUUGCAUCAUUUUCCAUUGGAAAGGCGACAUUUCAGGAGUUUGGUACAAACCAAGUAGGAGCAGGGGGAUUCACGCGUUCAGUCUUUUCUUUCCCCAGGUAGGGCUGGAUCCUCUGAGGUGCUGUGCACCCAACCUCCUGCACGAGCCUCGGGGAGGUGCGAGCAUGAAGUGUGUCGGGGCUGAGUGCUAAAGCCUGUCGCUGCUUCUUGGAAGAUCCCAGUGGGAUUGCAGUGGGAUCGCACUCGGGCCCUCUGUGAGCAAGCGUUCGUGUCGUCAUUUUUGGUUGGCGAGUUCACAUCCUUCAGGUAGUUUUGAAGAAGCUGUACUCAUAGGGAGAACAGAAAAUCAAAGUCCGUCAUUAGAAACACAGUAACCUAAAGUGAACAAAUUUAUUUAAAGUCUUGUUUUCCCUCUCCCCUGAAAUACAGUGCUUUUCUUUGAGAGAAGAAAUGUUAACCCCAAACCCCAUCUUUGACUCUUGUUACUUGUUACUUGAAAUUUAGCUCACACCAGACCUAAUUGUUUUUAUACCAUAUUCUGGGGUGCACCAAAAAGUUGAAAUAUGUUUAAAAUAGCUUGAAACUUUUUUUGAAUUUCCUUGAAUUUUAUUAACCUCUCGGCGGGCUACCAAAUAGCUGAGUGGGUUUCUUCUCACAAUCACACAGCUUAGUUAGUGCUUAUUUGUUAAUAUUUCUGCUCAGAGAAGUUGCUUAAUCUUCCAUAUACUCUGCUCAGGGCACUUGCAAUUUAUUGUUUUGUUUUGUUUCCUGUUUUUUUUUAAGCUUUGAUGGUAAAGGAAUAGAAAGAAUUACAGAUUUUAGUUCACAGUCUUACCACUAUUUCUGUACUUCACGUGUACUUAGAAAAAAAAAAAUCUCAAGUAAAACCAUACACAUACACAUUUGUGGUCAAUAAGGAAGCAGGGGCUAUUAAACUGACUGGAUCUAUUCAACUAACACUAAAAAAAAUAAUAAUAAUAAAAAAAUACAUUUGGAGCAAUAGGAAUGUAUUAGUUCUGUGCUUGUAUUUCAGACAGAGGAAUUCUGAAAUAACUGGUUCUUUCCAAACAAUUGUCCCCUUCCAUGCUUUAGCUUUUGUAGGAUGUGCAAUACUUUACGUGCCAACUUAGACUCACCUGUGUGGUGUUAGCUAGAUCUCAUACCCACUUCUGAUUUCCCCUGGUUUUGUCUCUUCUGAAUUCUUUCUUUCUACCUUUCUCCCUGCCCCCCGCCCCCCACCAUUAAUAAGUCCCUCCCUGUCCUCCCCCCUCCAAAAACCCACACCAUAUUAAGGGUAGAAGAUUCCUUGCCCCGGGAAACAUGAACCCUUUUUGUAUUUGUUGUUUAAAGAGAUCCAGGAAGAAAAAAAAAAAACAAAAAAAGAGAUAUAUUCAUGUCUACAUGGCAUCCAGGCAGAGGGUGGCACUCAACCAUAUGGCCAAGUGCCACUUUCCGCCUGGGCACACGCACACAGGAGCUGGCUCCCACCGGGGCCAAGUCCUUUGCAAGGCGGGGCUUUGCCUUUCGCUCUGGCACUGAGCAUCCCUCGUGGUGCAGCCCCAGGCCCGGGAGUGCCAUCAAUCCCCAGGGCAGGUGCAAAACACCGCAAGCAUGGGGAUGCUGAGGUGAAGCCAAAGGAGGCUCUGCCUUUGCUCUGUGUGGUGGCCGCUUUGCAAUAGUAACUAAGAGCAGUUUUCUUUUUGUCUGUUUGUUUCUUUCCUUUUGUAGCAGGCCUCUUUAGUUUACAACGAAAUGCAUACAAUCACCAAGAAAUUAGUCAGGGCAAAGAAAAAUAAAACAAGAACCUCUUUAUAGGGAUUUCUUAAAAAAAAAUCUAUUUGUCUGUCUAUCUAUCUGUCUGUCUAUCUAUCUAUCUAUCUAUCUAUCUAUCUGUCUAUCUAUCUAUCUAUCUAUCUAUAUAUCUCUAUAUAUACAGUGACUGUUCCUUAUAGCGUCUAACUUAGGCAUUGUUUCAGUUUGUCUGGGCCACAUCAUGGGGAAUUUGAGUUUGAUGUCACUUACCUCGAGUCCUCUGGUCAAGACCCGAAUCGGAGUCACUGUUGACCUAUUUUACCAUUUUGUACCUUGCCCUUAGACUUGCUUUCCCUCAAAGAUGCAGACCUCGGGAGGAGGGGAGGGACACACGUUCCUUUUUUCAUUCCUUUAAUUCCUUUGUCCCACUGUCGCUUUGUUCGACCUGUCGUUCCCGUCAUUUUCUCAGCAUGGGGAAGUGACAUCACUACUCUUGUUUCCCUUAAAUCAAGGAACAUUUAGAAACCUUUCACACCUUUUACUCAGGGAUGGGGCUGGUGUAUGUGUGGUACACUGAUGUGACCAGAAGCAGCACUUUUACUGCUCCGGAGUAGGGAUGUACAAUGUUGCAGACAAGUUUGGAUUUCCUGCAUCUCAUGGUUUAAACUUUGUAGAUCUCAUUUAGAUUGCAAUACAAAAGCAGCAGGCUCAGCAUGAACUGUAGCUGUUGGUUAUCAUGAAAAUACACUCUCUGCAGAGAUUUAUAUUACUUUAAAGUGUGUUGCCAGUAGUAAAAAGGAAAUGGUGAAAUUCUGUUAAUUCUUGCAACUGCUUUAAAAAAAAAAAGCCUGUGUCAAGGAGAGCGAAUUCUCAAUCUUUUUAAACACUAAUAGUGUUGUUUCAGAGUAGCUCUUGGUGCAAUGCUCUGCAUGUCAUGGGACCCAGUUCUGCAAACGCUUAUACAUGUGUCCAUGGGAGGUCUGGGCUGGCCAGCAAAGGCUGCUCGGGGCUUACUGUAAAGCACAUGUGUAUAAAUCUUUGUGAAACUGAAGUUCAAUCAGGGCCGGAUCCUCACCUUAAUUGGGCAGCUGGAAAAAUGUCAGGGUUGACCAGGGCAGAAGCCUUGGGCAGGUGGAGGGGAUUUGACCCAUUGAAACACUUCUGCUGUCCCAGAAACUUGACAAAUGGCAGAAUGAGAUAUGCACUCGUACAGUUUCCAUUUCUUCCCUCCUCAUCAUCACAGGUAGCAGCAGAGUCCACUGUGAGCUCUGGCCAGUGUUGAUGUGAAAAGCAAGGGGAACAUAACACCAGAGUGGAGGCAGUAAUUUCCUUUUCUCUGAUUUUUCCAACCCUCCCACUCUUCCCAAAUCCUGUAAUACAUAGCAAAAUGAGAAUUUGUUGAUGCAGAUAUGCAUAUGUGCACACACACCCCCAGGCAGAAGUGUCUGUUUGCACACAAAGAAGUUAUGUGUGCAUCUUUUUUAUGUGUAUGCCUACAUGUCCACUUGAUUCCCUGUCCUGAGGACAGCCUUGCUUUGUGCCCAUAGGGAAAUUCCAAACGCGUUGCACACCUCUACUCCAGAGUUCAAUUUCUUUUACAUAGACGACCUCGCUUCAGAUGUGUUACCUUUACUGAUAGGAUCUUUUCUUGUAGCACUAUACCUUGUGGGAAUAUUUUUUGAUGUAAACCUAAUCUGAGAAGCUUAUUAAAAAUAGAAACUUUUUUUGAAGCACUCACAUUGAGGAGUACAGGUAAUGUUUUAAAAAAUUGCACAAAAGAAAAAUGAAUGUUGGAAUGAUUCAUUCAGUGUUUGAAAAAGAGAUGGCUCUGUUUGAACAGUGAGUUUCAUACCUUGUUUGUAAAAAAAAAAAGUUUUUAAAUACAAAAGCAGAGAAAGGUUGAAAGUUACAUGUUUUUUGUAUAUAGAAAAUGUCAUGUCUAGAUGAUCUGAUUUGUAUUGGCUCUGGCCAGGAAGAAUUAUUACGUAAAAGGCUCUUAAAGAACAACUGUGCUUAAUUUUCUGUUCGUAUUACAUGGGUCCUGUUUCUGGGGAAUGGAGUCACGCUGUUAAUUCCCGUGAUGAAAAUACACCUUGGAGCAGCAAUUCCUGAGUGCAGCUACCGGGCACUUCGAAGGGUGGCUACUGUGCAAAACGAGAGUCUCACUCUCGACUUGUAUUUUGGCUUUAAGUCUCUUCUGCCUGCGCUGAGGGAGCCCCUGGCAGCCCAGAGGUCCAGGCCGGUUUCGAGGGAGGCCUUGGCCGUGCCCUGGGCAGGCAACGCCCCGCUGGCCUGAGUGUGGGGACCCUGCUGGUGCUGGCAGCCCUCGGGUUGAGAGCUGCUGCCGGCUAAGCACAACUUGUGUAGUUUCCACCUGAGGUCUUUUGGUCCCAUUUUUUUUCUCUCUCUGGGGAUGCUGUUCCACUUUUUUUCAGCACUUCCUGGUCCAGAUGAAAUCCAAAGAGUAUAACCCUGAGCUAGAAGUGCUUGUAACAAGGUAUGCUUGCCCAGCACUAGCAGCAGAAUGGUACCUGAGGCGACCCAGCCUUCCAGCCCCUGUCACUGCCCCUUUCUCCCACCGCUGCUGCCAGAGCACCAGGAGCAGCUGGUCACACGGUUCCAGUGACGGUCUUGACCAAUGGCAAGACUGAUGUUUUUCAGAAGCCAAAAGGAGAGGAUCCUGAAGCAGUUUCUGAAGAGAGGAUCCUUUUCCUGUCCAAAGAUUGAGCUGGGCAGCUGGGAGCUGGUGGCAGGGUGGAGAGGGCAAAGUUUCCGGCUGCUGCCAUCCCCCUCCCCGGAGUUGACCCAAGCUUUGGCUUCCGCAGGCCCAGGGGAUGGGAAUGCUCGCCCUGUGCAAGUGACCCCCGGGCGCUCAGAAACCAGCCCCAGUUGUGUUACGGUGAAGUGCAUUCAGCCAACAGGUAGUAUUUAUACAAUAACUGUCUCUAAGGUUUCCGUAGGUUUUUUCUUGUUAGCUGAAAGGACGCAAGUCUUCCACUGAGGAUUUUUUGGAGGCUUCAUCCAAGGUUGUUUCUUUUUUGUUAGUUUCUAUUUUGAGCAGUUAAAGCUCCUGUGCCCUUUCCCUCGACCACACAGUAGGUGUGCAUUGGAAGUGUUGUUUGCAGUGAGCGGAGUCACUUGUUGAAGCUGUCCUUGCUGUACUACGAGAUUGGUGGUGGGCAGAAAUUUCAGGGCCCAGAUCCUCAGCUAGGGUGGAGCCAGGGUGGGACCACUGGCUCUGCUGGCAGUGCGGGUCUGCCCCUUCACACCUGCUGGCGAGGGGAUUCCACCCUGGCACUUGCUUUAAAAGUGCAGGGCCCAGGUACUGUCCCGUUGAACAAGCUCUGCAGAAUUCUUGUUCCAGUCCACCAGGUUUGCAUCUGGGCAGCUGAGGGCAAAAACAGGCCGGGGGUGGCUGCAGGUGGCUUGGACAGCCAGGCGCUUCGCGAAGUUACUAAUCUGGUAAGGCAUAGAUGCAACUCUUCACGACAGUCAGCUAAUGUUGAAACUCACUAAUGUAUGUAUUUGCUCCUUUUUUUUUUUUAAAUAAUGUAUUAACUUGUUGAACACUGUUCUUUCUGCAGUGUUACAAAAGUGGGGGUGGGGGAAUUUCCCAACCUUUUUCAGUUUGGGUGAGCUACUGAAAUCCAUUUUGUACUAGCUAUGUCACCGCUCCCGGCAGCAGCUGGCAGUGGCGCUUGGCCGAGCCGGGGUCAGGUCCAGCCAUUUGAUAUCAGUAGUUUUUAAAGUAAAUUUUUUUUUAAUUGUCUAGUAUUACUAAUGAGGGUUUUUGCAAAUCACACUUCCAGUGUAGUUCCUAGUGUAGGCCCAGUAAAAGGGAUAUCGCAGCUUUGUGUUGGGGAGAAAUUGAGCUGACAUGGCCAGUACAAAGGAGAAAAUAGGGAGGGAAUAACGUUUUGCACCUUAUUGAAAAGAGGAGAAGAUUUUAAGUGCAUACAGACAUAGUUAAGAGCUUUUAUUGUGACAGGAGAACUUUUUUCCAUAUGCGUGCAUACUCUCUGUAAUUCCAGUGUAAAAUAUUGUACUUGCACUAGCUUUUUUAAAACAAAUAUUAAAAAAAAUGGAAGAAUUCAUAUUCUAUUUUCUAAUGGUGGUGUGUCUAUUUGUAGGAUACACUCGCGUCUGUUUAUUGAAUUUUAUGGUCCCUUUCUUUGAUGGUGCUUGCAGGUUUUCUAGGUAGAAAUUAUUUCAUUAUUAUAAUAAAACAAUGUUUGAUUCAAAAUUUGAACAAAAUUGUUUUAAAGAAAUUGUCUGUAUACCAGUACAAGUUUAUUGUUUCAGUAUACUCGUACUAAUAAAAUAACAGUGCCAAUUGCAAA